AUAUACAAAAUGUCGGGAGGAUCGGAAAGGUUGAAAAUGAGAAGGAAUUUGUCUCCAGGAAACUCAAACAUGGCACACCAGUUUUGUUGUCUCUGUCUAGAUAUUUAAGAAGUGGAGCAAGGGAUUCGAUCGACAAUCCUUCCUGCUCAAACUGUGGGGAGGGAUUCACUUGGUCAUUUGACCAAAUUGCAAGCCUGUCAUUUUACACAGGAGAAAGGCCGUUCACCAGCUCAGACAGUGGGAAUGGAUUCACUCAGUCAUUUCAACUGAAGGUACAUCAGCAAGUUCACACUGGGCAAGGCCAUUCAUCUGUUCUGUGUGUGAGAAAGGAUUCUGCCGGGCAUCCCACCUGUGGACAAACCAGUCAGAUCACACUGGGCAGAGGCUGGUCAUCUGCUGAAUUUCGGGGAGGGGAUUCUCUCGGUUAUCUGAUCUAAUGGCUCACCAGCGACUUCACACCAGGGGGCGGCCGUUCACCUGCAUAGUCUGUGGAAAGGGAUUCACUCAGUCAUCCCACCUACUGAGCCAUCAGCGAGUUCACACUGGGGAGAAGCCGUUCACUUGCUCAGUCUGUGGGAAGGGAUUCACUGAGUCAUCCAACCUACUGAGUCAUCAGCGAGUUCACACUGGGGAGAGGCCAUUCACCUGCUCAGUCUGUGAUAGGAGAUUCACUGUGUCAUCCCACCUAUUGGUACAUCAGCGAGUUCACUCUGGGGAGAAGCCGUUCACCUGCUCAGUCUGUGAGAAGAGAUUCACUUGGUCAUCCCAACUACUGGCACACCAGUUUGUUCACACUGGAGAGAAGCCGUUCACCUGCUCAGAAUGUGGGAAGGGAUUCACACUGUCAUCCCGCUUACUGGUCCAUCAGCGAGUUCACACUGGGGAGAAGCCAUUCACCUGCUCUGUCUGUGGGAAGAGAUUCACUGCAUCAUCCAACCUACUGGUACAUCAGCGAGAUCACGCUGGGGAGAGGCCAUUCAUCUGCUCAGUCUGUGGGAGGGGAUUCACUCAGUCAUUCAGACUACAGAGUCAUCAGAGAGUUCACACUGGGGAGAAGCCGUUCACCUGCUUAGUCUGUGGGAAGAGAUUCACUGAGUCAUCCAGCCUACAGAGACAUCAGCGAUUUCACACUGGGGAAAAGCCGUUCACCUGCUCAGUCUGUGGGAAGAGAUUCACUGAGUCAUCCAGCCUACAGAGUCACCAGCGAGUUCACACUGGGGAGAAGCCAUUCACCUGCUCAGACUGCGGGAAGAGAUUCACUGAUUUAUCCAACCUACAGAGACAUCAGCGAGUUCACACUGGGGAGAAGCCAUUCACCUGCUCAUUCUGUGGGAAGGGGUUUAAUGAGUCAUCCUACCUACAGAGACAUCAGCGAGUUCACACUGGGGAGAAGCCAUUCAACUGCUCAGUCUGUGGGAAGGGAUUCACUGAGUCAUCCAACCUACAGAGACACCAGCGAGUUCACACUGGGGAGAAGCUGUUCAUCUGCUCAGUCUGUGGGAAGAGAUUCACUGAGUCAUUUAACCUACAGAGACAUCAGCGAAUUCACACUGGGGAGAAGCCGUUUACCUGCUCAGUCUGUGGGAAGGGAUUCACUCAGUCAUCCCACCUACAGAGUCAUCAGCAACGAGUUCACACCGGGGAGCGGCCGUUCACCUGCUCGGACUGUGGGAAGGGAUUUACUCGGUCUUCCAGCCUACUGAGUCAUCAGAGAAUUCACACUGGGGAAAAGCCGUUCAUCUGUUCGGUCUGUGGGAAGGGAUUCACUCACUCAUCCACCCUACUGAGUCAUCAGCGUGUUCACACUGGGGAGAGGCCAUUCACCUGCUCGGACUGCGGAAAGAGAUUCACUCAGUUAUCCAACCUACAGAGUCAUCAGCGAGUUCACACCGGGGAAAAGCCGUUCACCUGCUCAGAAUGUGGAAAGGGAUUCAGACAGAUAUCCCAUCUAGUGAUUCAUCAGCGAGUUCACACUGGGGAGAAGCCAUUCACCUGCUCAGAAUGUGGGAAGGGAUUCACACAGUCAGCCAGCCAUCAGACUCAUCUGCGAGCUCACACUCGGGAGAAGCCGUUCACCUGCUCAGAAUGUGGGAAGGGAUUCACUCGUUCAUCUUACGUACUGAGUCAUCAGCGAGUUCACACUGGGGAGAAGCCGUUCACCUGCUCAGAGUGUGGGAAGGGAUUCACUCACUCAUCCCAUCUACAGAGACACCAACGAAUUCACACUGGGGAGAGGCCAUUCACCUGCUCGGACUGUGGGAAGGGAUUCACUCAGUCAUCCAGCCUUCAGACUCAUCUGCGAGUUCACACUGGAGAGAGACCGUUCACCUGCUCAGAAUGUGGGAAGGGAUUCACUCGUUCAUCUUACCUACUGAGUCAUCAGCGAGUUCACACAGGGGAGAAGCCGUUCACCUGCUCUGUCUGUGGGAAGGGAUUCACUCAGUCAUCCCACCUACAGAGUCAUCAACGAGUUCACACUGGGGAGAAGCCAUUCACCUGCUCAGAAUGUGGGAAGAGAUUCAUUCAUUCUUCCGACCUACUGAGUCAUCAGCGAGUUCACACUGGAGAGAGGCCAUUCACCUGCUCGGACUGCGGGAGGAGAUUCACUCAGUCAUCCAACCUACAGAGUCAUCAGCGAGUUCACACUGGGGAGAAGCCGUUCACCUGCUCAGAAUGUGGGAAGAGAUUCACUCGUUCAUCCGACCUACUCUGUCAUCAGCGAGUUCACACUGGGGAGAGGCCGUUCACCUGCUCAGAAUGUGGGAAGAGAUUCACUCGUUCAUCUACCCUACUGAGUCAUCAGCGAGUUCACACUGGGGAGGGGCCGUUCACCUGCUCAGUCUGUGGGAAGAAAUUCACUCAGUCAUCCCACCUACAGAGUCAUCAGCGAGUUCACUCUGUGGAUAAGCCGUUCACCUGCUCCGUCUGUGGGAAGAGAUUCACUCUGUCAUCCAACUUACUGGUUCAUCAUCGAGCUCACACUGGUGAGAAGCCGUUCACCUGCUCAGAAUGUGGGAAGAGGUUCACUCUGUCAUGCAACCUGAAGACACAUCAGCGAGUUCACACUGGGGAGAGGCCAUUCACCUGCUCGGACUGCGGAAAGAGAUUCACUCAGUUAUCCAACCUACAGAGUCAUCAGCGAGUUCACACCGGGGAAAAGCCGUUCACCUGCUCAGAAUGUGGAAAGGGAUUCAGACAGAUAUCCCAUCUAGUGAUUCAUCAGCGAGUUCACACUGGGGAGAAGCCAUUCACCUGCUCAGAAUGUGGGAAGGGAUUCACACAGUCAGCCAGCCAUCAGACUCAUCUGCGAGCUCACACUCGGGAGAAGCCGUUCACCUGCUCAGAAUGUGGGAAGGGAUUCACUCGUUCAUCUUACGUACUGAGUCAUCAGCGAGUUCACACUGGGGAGAAGCCGUUCACCUGCUCAGAGUGUGGGAAGGGAUUCACUCACUCAUCCCAUCUACAGAGACACCAACGAAUUCACACUGGGGAGAGGCCAUUCACCUGCUCGGACUGUGGGAAGGGAUUCACUCAGUCAUCCAGCCUUCAGACUCAUCUGCGAGUUCACACUGGAGAGAGACCGUUCACCUGCUCAGAAUGUGGGAAGGGAUUCACUCGUUCAUCUUACCUACUGAGUCAUCAGCGAGUUCACACAGGGGAGAAGCCGUUCACCUGCUCUGUCUGUGGGAAGGGAUUCACUCAGUCAUCCCACCUACAGAGUCAUCAACGAGUUCACACUGGGGAGAAGCCAUUCACCUGCUCAGAAUGUGGGAAGAGAUUCAUUCAUUCUUCCGACCUACUGAGUCAUCAGCGAGUUCACACUGGAGAGAGGCCAUUCACCUGCUCGGACUGCGGGAGGAGAUUCACUCAGUCAUCCAACCUACAGAGUCAUCAGCGAGUUCACACUGGGGAGAAGCCGUUCACCUGCUCAGAAUGUGGGAAGAGAUUCACUCGUUCAUCCGACCUACUCUGUCAUCAGCGAGUUCACACUGGGGAGAGGCCGUUCACCUGCUCAGAAUGUGGGAAGAGAUUCACUCGUUCAUCUACCCUACUGAGUCAUCAGCGAGUUCACACUGGGGAGGGGCCGUUCACCUGCUCAGUCUGUGGGAAGAAAUUCACUCAGUCAUCCCACCUACAGAGUCAUCAGCGAGUUCACUCUGUGGAUAAGCCGUUCACCUGCUCCGUCUGUGGGAAGAGAUUCACUCUGUCAUCCAACUUACUGGUUCAUCAUCGAGCUCACACUGGUGAGAAGCCGUUCACCUGCUCAGAAUGUGGGAAGAGGUUCACUCUGUCAUGCAACCUGAAGACACAUCAGCGAGUUCACACUGGGGAGAGGCCAUUCACCUGCUCAGUCUGUGGGAAAGGAUUCACUCGGUUAUCCCACCUACAGAGUCAUCAGAGAACUCACACUGGGGAGAAGCCGUUCACCUGCUCGGUCUGUGGGAAGGGAUUCACUCACUCAUCCACCCGACUGAGUCAUCAGCGAGUUCACACUGGGGAGAAGCCGUUCAUUUGCUCCGUCUGUGGAAAGAGAUUCACUAAGUCAUCCAACUUACUGGUUCAUCAUCGAGCUCACAGUGGCGAGAAGCCGUUCACUUGCUCAGAAUGUGGAAAGAGAUUCACUCAUUCAUCCGACCUACUGAGUCAUCAGCGAGUUCACACUAGGGAGAGGCCGUUCAGCUGCUAA